AUGACUAUUCUUACACAGGUAUCAUGCCCUGGUGUGCAUUUGCCAGCCAAGGAUGACAUCUACCUCAGUGUGUGCUUCAUGAGCCAAUACCGCAAGUCGGAGUGUCUCCCCCCUGUCUUCCCUCUCCUGUUUCGAGAGAAGAUGAGAUUUGAGAAAGUGUUCCACUAUGCUGUUGACCCAGGAGAUGUUGCAGAGAUGCUGGAAUAUGAAACGGUCAAAGUUGAACUGGUACAGUUGAUCCCCCCAGUGGGGGAGGCCCUGGCCUGCUUUGAGGAAGACGCCAGACACUUCCUAUUUCCAGAGCCCAAAUUGGUCCCAUCCUUCUCUGGAGUGGACAGAGAGGUUCUCAUGACACGCUCCAUUAGCUUCCCUGGCAUUGCUCCAAGGUUAGAGUUCUCCACCAGAACAACCAUCAGUGAGUGCUCUGCGAACGCCGAGGUCAACAGCACCCAUCUCAGGUCUCCAAUGAGGACAGUGGUGCCAAAGAAACGCACUAAAAGGUCCCGAAAGGGACACCGGAGAGGAGAUUGGGACGGUGCCCGGCGGGUACCAGUGAUGCCCAGAUCACGCUCCCUCUCCCCGUGCAAAGCCAGCCAGAUGGAUGGUUGUCAUGGAAACAUGGGGCGGCUGGCACAGCUCAGUUUGGGUUCCAGCUGGGAUAUAGAUGAGGAGUUUUUACCCCGUCAUAAAAGCGACCUCUGGCUUGGGACUGGACACUCCCCUACAUCCCACCUCUCCCCUGUCAUGGCCAGACCCACCCUGACCAACGACUCCUCUCCUCUUCUCCCACGGUCCCUGUCCUCUGACACAGACAAUCUCCUGGACUACCCACCAGGUCCAAGCCAACGGUGUUCCCUGGUUAACAUAGGGAGAUCCUCCACCCCUCCACCCAGCCAUUCCAUACUUUGGCACUCCUACGGGGAAAGCUCGAGACAAAAUGGGUCACGCCCCAGCUCCCAGGGCAUGUGGGAGGAGGUCCAACACCGUGUCCGAGGACUCCUUACCACCCCUAGAGCGGUGCACAGACUCGCCCAUGGGGCCACAGACUCCGAGAUAGACGAGGUGCUAGCCCGGAGGUCCAUCUCCCCUAACCGAUGCCCACCCUAGGGAGUCAGUGGGGAACGGCCUGGGAAGGGGUGCCUUUCACUCAACAACUUGAAGCUUUAUCUUCUAUACCACCAGUGAAGAAGCCAAAGUGUCCGGUUCAUUUCAGCAUUGAUUUCAUAAUAAUGUCAUAAUUCACUCUGUGUGUGUGUGUGUUACGGUUAGCUGAAAUGAAGUAUUAAGGCAUACGGUGGCUAUUGCAGAGAAGUGAUUACCAGAAUUCAAAGCAUCUCAUUAUAUUGACGCUAAUGUUAUUAGUCAUUUUGUAUGUUUAUUUAUGGUAUUGAAU